CCGUGACACAAUCCUUCCAAACUCCUCCUCUAAUAAUCUUUGUAACACGUAUAAAAAAAAGAAUAGAAAAAAGUAAAAAUUUACAGUGGUACUUUGGCAUGAAGCAAAGCUAGGGUAAACUGUGUCGACGGGUCAUUCCAAACAGCGUCUUCAAAAUCGCCCUCAGCAACUGGUAUAGGAGUAGGAGUAGGAGUAACUGAUGUACCAUUACUCCCUUUAAAGACAAUACCAGAGCAGCACCCUUCAAUAUCUUCCCCUAGAGAAUAUGGAUGUAGUUGCAGCUCUCUUACUCACCACCACCAGCACGGAAACAUUGCCUUUAGCGAUCCUCUCCUAUGAGACUAAUCAGGAGAAAUACCAAGAGCGAUAAAGAAAAGACCAAUCUAAAAAGUGAGCUAUAAUUUAUUUUUUUUGGUUUUUACAGAAAUGUAAUGCGAAAGAAAUUCAAAAAAAGAAAGACUUGGAAAAGUAUGGUAAUAUGAGAUGAUUAUGAUGGAACGAAACGAUUUUUGCACCCAAAAUGUCUCCCCUUUUAUUAUAUAUAAAAUUACAUCCACUACAAUGUCACAAUUGAAAAUCUAAUACUUGUCAAUUUCCGGAAAUUCGCCUGAUCAUCAACUGAAUACAAACAAAAGAACUGGUUCCCCAAAUCAAUAUCGUAACAUUUACCCGUUAUAAAAAAGUAUGUAUGAAGACGUUGUAUUGCCACUUGAUAUCAUACUAAGAUAUCAAAUAACAGAGACUCAUCAUAUAUGGUCUACGGGCAAUACAAUGAGAAGUUUACCGUUUCUAUUGGAGUAGGAGUAGGAUUGAACAACUUUGCCGAAAAAAGUUUUACUCCCUUUCUACAAAUCCAACUGAAACUUUUUGCAAACAAUUUUGGCUGUCGCCCUGAGUAUGACUAUGACUAUGACUAUGACAGUGGGACAAGAUGAAAAUGAGAAAAGCCUAUUUAUAAAUGUUCCAAAAAAAAUGACAGAGACCGAAUGAUUGAGUGAGGGAGUGAGUGAGUAAGCGUCAACAUGAAGACGUAAGAGACAAAAGACACCGUUGACUCUUGCUUAUUUCACUUUGCUAACUACUUACUCCAUUGAAAUGAGCUAGUAGUUAUCCUUGUUUUCGUUGUUGUUUCGGUUCUUGUUUUAUUAAAGAAAAAAAAGAGAGACAUUAACGGUGAAAAGAAAAAGAAUUGUUUCAAAACCGGCCAACUACAAACAAAAUGACAGACUCAACUUUAGAGGACCCUGCUUUGAGCACAAACGGAAAUUCCAUUCGUACUAAGCAGCCAAUGCCUUUGAUUCACGAAGUAAUUUUUGUAUUUAUUGUCAGUACUGCUCAGCUCAUGACUCAAGCUGGUUUAGGUCAGACGAUUGUUCCUCUCCACAUAGUUGGAAAUUCACUAGGAACAACAAAUGCCGGUCAGUUGAGUUGGUUUCCAGCUUCUUUCAGUUUGACUGUAGGCACAUUUAUACUGAUUGCUGGAAAGCUUGGUGACAUAUAUGGUCACAAGAAAAUGUUUGUAUUUGGCUAUGCAUGGUAUAGCUUAUGGUCCUUGAUAUCAGGAUUUAGUGUUUACGCAAAGUCUGCGAUCAUGUUUGAUGUUUGCCGAGCAUUGACUGGAAUCGGCCCCGCUUUUUUGUUACCUAGUGCAUUAGCUAUCUUGGGUAGGGUAUAUCCUCCAGGGAAACGAAAACAAUUCAUGUUUUGUGUAUUUGGAGCUACAGCACCCAGUGGAUAUCUUUUAGGUGCUGUAUUUUCUGCAAUUUUUGCUCAACUUUCAUGGUGGCCUUGGGUGUAUUGGUCAACAUGCAUCAUCUGUUUUGCUUUUUGCUUAAUAGGAUGGCUCGUUAUUCCGGACACUCAAAAAGAAAACCGCCAAGUCCGAGAGAAAGCACUUGAAAAGCCUCACUUUGAUAUCCUUGGAUCGUUUUUUGGCGUCGCAGGUUUGGUACUUGUUAAUUUUGCAUGGAACCAAGCACCUGUUGUUGGUUGGCAGGUACCCUACGUGUACAUAUUGUUAAUUGUUGGUGUUUUAUCUUUGAUUAUCUUUGUGUACGUUGAGCAUAAAACUGUACAGCCACUCCUACCUCCAGAUACAUUUAACGGGGAAAUUGGGUUCAUUCUGAUGAGCGUAGCAGCAGGCUGGUCUUGCUUUGGUAUAUGGAUAUACUACUUAUGGAACUUUUUGGAAGUAUUACGGGGUCAAACACCAUUACUAACAGCUGGGCAAUGGACACCCGUCUGUAUCACUGGAGGCCUUGCUGCUGCCAUUACAGGUAUAUUGUUGUCCAAGAUUCGGCCGAUUUUCGUCAUGAUUAUUGCUAUGGUUUCUUUUACUGUUGGUAGUAUUUUGUUGGCAACGGUACCUAUACAUCAAUCAUACUGGGCACAGACUUUUGUUUCCAUUGCUGUAACUCCCUUUGGUAUGGAUAUGAGUUUUCCAGCUGCAACCCUAGCAAUUAGUGAUUAUGUUUCGAAAGAGAAUCAAGGGAUCGCGGCCUCUCUUGUGAGUACUGUGGUGAAUUAUUCCACUUCGAUCGGACUAGGAAUUGCGGGUACGGUAGAAAGCCAUCUCAACCAUGAAGGGAAAGAUGUUUUAAGGGGCUAUAGAAGUGCUUGGUAUUUGGGAAUUGGAUUUGGGGGUCUUGGUAUUGCAGUUUCUUCAAUUGCAGCUAUUCGUAUAUCUGUAAAAUCUAAAAAUGAGAGGAAAAGAGUGAUGCUGGAAAGAAUGGGUGAUUGAUCAUUCAAUCAUUGAGGUUUUUUGUUCUCUUUUAAAAAAUAUAAAGCUAAAAUCUUAAAGCAAACAAGUAAAAACUAAAAAUAAAUGCUAAAAAAGAAAAAGAAAACAUAGAAUGUACAUUAUUUAUUUGUUUUGUUGAUAGUGGAAUAUGACAUGCUGAAUGAAUCGUGUGGGUAACGCCCAAUUACCUAGUUCAAUGGUGUCUAAUAAUGUUCAAUUUGGUAAAUUAGGGGUUCAUUGUCGAGGUUAUUGAGCCUCCAUCUUAACAGUACCUUAAUCUUGAUCUAGGCCAUGUUAUUUCUUAACUCAUUGACUUUUAAUAAAAAUUACAACAAUUUAACAGCUUUUUAAAUAAUGUAUACGUAUAGAGUCACCGGAAAGGUGUCAUUCGUUCUCAUUGCUAAUAUCUGGGAAGCGAAGGCGAGCCAGUGUUUUCAAUUGAGCGUUCGAAUCCCAAUCCAAGGCAAAAAACAAAAACAUUAUAACAGGCAAACAUACAGGACCAACAACAAAGACGCCAAUACCUAUAAUUAAGGCUCCAAUAAAAGCACCUCCAACGAUAAAUAUGUAUAUUCUAAACUGUGCAACUGUUCUUGCAACGUUGACAUGUAGAAGAGACUACUUUUGUUAGCAGACGUAUUUGCGAUUCUUAUUUUGUAUAUAAAAAAUUCUCUACUUAUACAGAUUACGAAAAAAGGCAAAAUGGAAAGGAAUGUAUCUCAUAAGGGUUCAACUAUUAUCAGAAAUCAAGAUAGCUCCAACUGUAAACAAAAAAAACCCCGAAUUGAAAAAAAAUUUUAAAAUGGCUUGAUCCAAAAAGAAAUUUCGCAUCCCUUAUGCAACUUUUCGGGCAAGACUUGAUUAACAAAGUUAAGUAACGG